UAUGUGAGGUUAUGUUGUUUUGUGUAUUGUUGUAGUUUGUUUGUUGUAAAUAUUUAAAUGCAUUUCUAAAAUAAUAUUGACAUAAUUAAUUAAAAAUAAAUCUAUUUGCUAAUAUGGCUGGGCAAGGACACCAAUUCCCUGGGAACUUUCAGGGCAAUACCGGGCCCAUGAGAUCUGGAUUUGGUAGUGGGCCCAUGGGUGGUCAGAUGCAAGGAAUGCCAAAUCAAUUAGCUGGUGUGAUGGGAGGUCCGAUGGGGAAUCCUGGGGGUAUGGUGGGGAUGGGCAACCAAAUGGUACCACCUUAUGGAGCAGCCAUGCAGAACCAAAUGGGGAACAUGGGAAUGGCACCACAGGGAAUGGGUGUAGGAGUAGGUGGAACACCGGGAGGUGGCCUAGGACCACAACAGGUUCAACAACAAGGGGGGAUGCCGGCAGCGAGCGCGGUGACGGGCGCGGCGCCGUCCCCCGCGCCGCCCGCCGCCGCGCCGCCCGCGCAGCCCAAGGAGUUCAACACGGCUUCCUUGUGCAAAUUCGGCCAAGAGACAGUUCAAGAUAUAGUUAGCAGAACGCAAGAUGUUUUUCAAACACUAAAAGCUAUACAGCCGCCCAACGGAACUCCUCACGGGGAGAACGCUAGCAACGAUAAGAAGGCAAAGAUGCAGGAACAACUGAGGACCAUCAGGCUGUUGUUCAAAAGGCUCAGGCUUAUCUACGAGAAGUGCAAUGAAACAUGCCAGGGCAUGGAGUACACUCAUAUGGAAAGCCUGAUCCCUUUGAAGGACGAGGCCGAAAACAAAACGUUGGACGAGAGGAGAAAUACAGAGUCCUACAGGCUCGCUUUAGAAGAAAACCGGGAACUUACUGAACAGGUGGUGUUAAAAAAUAAGCAGUUGAAGGAAGUGAUAACUAAUUUAAGAACAAUAAUUUGGGAAAUAAACGUGAUGCUAACAAUGAGGAGGUCGUAGAAGUUAGUUAUUGAAAUAGUGUAAUGAUUUAGUGAAUUGCCAAUCGGUGGACGAUCUUGUGAUGAUUAAAAUGAAAAAGACACAGUUCAGAAAGGGUUUUCUCGGCGCCAACCUUAUUUUUUUUAGAUUUGAACAUCUUUGCAUAAUAAUCUUGCCUUCUCCUUGAAAGAGUUAAGAUAUGUACUGUUACGUCAUGUAUUUUUACUUCGAGUAAACAUAUUCUAUUCCAUUUGUUAUAUUAUGGUUACUUGUUUGAGUUAUUUUAAUAAUAAACUUGGUAAGCAAAGUCCUUUUUUGAUCUGGAAUUCUUUUACAGAACAAAGUAUAGUUUUCUAUGUAAUUAAAUAUAAGAGAACGUUUAAUUUAAUUAUAUGUAUAUACAUAUAUAAAAACGAUGCAUUAUCCUUAUUUUUGUUCUUUAAUACUUUCUCGUAUUUUAUCUAAGACGUAAUAGUAACAUCCUUGUCUUAUCUUCCCGGUUUUUGGUUGUAUUAUAGACCAGAUUAACGUAAAAGAUGAUCUCUUGACAUAAAGUUAUUUUUAUUUUAUAAGCAAUUGAAUGUACAAUAAAUUAUUUUGAUGUUUAUACUUUGUGAGCUAUCGCCCUUCCAAUUGAUGUAUUUAAAAAUAAACAUAUUUGUUUAUUA